UAAGAAAACUUCAGACAUAUUUGAUUUCACAAGAUUUGGAAGGAUGUCAUCCUGAGGAUCUUGCAUCAAGUUCUUGCAAAACUCCCUCAUCUUUGUAUCUCCCCAUCCCAUCUACAGUAUGUAUCUCCCCAUCUACGUAUAUCUCAUAUUUGGAUCUCCCCAUCUUUGUAUCUCCCCAUCUUUGUAUCUCCCCAUCUACGUAUAUCUCCAUAUUUGGAUCUCCCCAUCUAUGUAUCUCCCCAUCCCAUCUACAGUAUGUAUCUCCCCAUCUACGUAUAUCUCAUAUUUGGAUCUCCCCAUCUUUGUAUCUCCCCAUCUUUGUAUCUCUUCAUCUUUGUAUCUCCCCAUCUACGUAUAUCUCCAUAUUUGGAUCUCCCCAUCUAUGUAUCUCCCCAUCCCAUCUACAGUAUGUAUCUCCCCAUCUACGUAUAUCUCAUAUUUGUAUCUCCCCAUCUUUGUAUCUCCCAAUCUAUGUAUCUCCCCAUCCCAUCUACAGUAUGUAUCUCCCCAUCUACGUAUAUCUCCAUAUUUGGAUCUCCCCCACUAUGUAUCUCCCCAUCCCAUCUACAGUAUGUAUCUCCCCAUCUACGUAUAUCUCCAUAUUUGGAUCUCCCCAUCUUUGUAUCUCCCAAUCUAUGUAUCUCCCCAUCUACAUAUCUCCCCAUCUAUGUAUCUCCCCAUCCCAUCUACAGUAUGUAUCUCCCCAUCUACGUAUAUCUCAUAUUUGGAUCUCCCCAUCUUUGUAUCUCCCCAUCUUUGUAUCUCUUCAUCUUUGUAUCUCCCCAUCUACGUAUAUCUCCAUAUUUGGAUCUCCCCAUCUAUGUAUCUCCCCAUCCCAUCUACAGUAUGUAUCUCCCCAUCUACGUAUAUCUCAU